GCUCGCGCUGUUACUCUUCUUGUGUUAUUCAUGAGGAAAGGAAACUUUGCGGCAGAGCUGAAACGCUCCAGGAGCGCCAGAACAGUCGGGUUGGAUAGCUUUGCUGCUUCCUGGAGGGAGUUGUGAAAGCAUUGAGCAGAGUUCUGGAGCAUUAGACGAGCUGGCAGCUGAGUGAGGACGUGUGGAGCGCUGAACAUGCCCUAAUAAGAGCCAAUCAUUCAUUACUUUCUCAAUGAUACAAAGUCACUGUGGGCUACUGCACUGAGAGGUUCAUCACGCAAAGGGAUUUGCAGUGGGCUGUAUAUGUAAAGGAGAGCCGGAUUUCUGCUUCAGCGUGUCAGACGUACCCGUGACUCCUUAGAAGGAAGAUGGCUACCGUGGGCACAAUGUCAGAGGCCUCUGAGGCCGGAGACAACAGCGAAUUCACUGACAUCAUCAAAUGGAGAUCAGACGAACAUGAUGCCGUACAGAAAAAAACCUUCACGAAGUGGAUCAACGCGCAGUUCUCCAAGACGGGGAAGGCGCCCAUCAAAGACAUGUUCUCUGAGCUGAGAGACGGCAGAAAACUCCUCGAUCUCCUGGAGGGGCUGACUGGAAACACACUGACCAAAGAGCGAGGCUCUACUAGAGUUCACUCCCUCAACAACGUCAACCGCGUGCUGCAGGUCCUUCAUCAGAGCAGCGUGAGUCUUCCCGCGCCUCAUGGGUUCAGCUGGGAGGAAGUAGUUCAUCUAACCCCAGUGGAGAGGCUGGACCACGCUUUCACAUUUGCCAAAGAUCAGCUCAACAUUGAGAGACUACUGGAUGCGGAAGGCACUUUUAAGGUUUUUCCCAGAGUUCUCGGGUGUGGUGCUUUUUGGUUCCCCGAUGGGUUGGCUGCAGAGACGGAGGAGGUGAGCAGCACACGGCCAGAGACGCCCAGCACGCUGACGGAGGUCAGUCUGGACACGUAUCAGAUCACUCUGGAGGAGGUGCUCACCUGGCUGCUGUCGGCCGAAGACAUGCUGCACAUGCAGGACGACGUGUCCGAUGACGUGGAGGAGGUCAAAGACCAGUUCCACACACAUGAGGCCUUUAUGAUGGAAUUGACAGCCCACCAGAGCAGCGUGGGUAACGUCUUACAGGCGGGAAACCAGCUGAUCGCUCAAGGCAAUCUGAGUGAGGAAGAGGAUGAUGAGAUCCGAGAACAAAUGACACUGCUCAACUCCCGCUGGGAAAACCUGCGGGUCGUCAGCAUGGACCGUCAGUCCAGACUUCAUGAAGUUCUGAUGGACCUUCAGCAACAGCAGCUCCAUCAGCUCUCCGAUUGGCUGACGCAGACGGAGGGGCGGAUCCGUAAGAUGGAGAAAGAGCCCAUAGCAGGAGACCUGGAGGGAUAUCUGGCCCAGAUAGAGCAGCACAAAGUUUUGCAGAAUGAUCUGGAGCUAGAACAGGUAAAGGUGAACUCUCUCACGCACAUGGUUGUGGUCGUGGAUGAGAACAGCGGGGAGAGUGCCACUGCUGACCUGGAGGAACAACUGCAGAAUCUCAAGGAGGAUAUGGCCCAGAAGCGGAGGGCCCUGAGUGCUCUGUCAGAUGCUGGACAGGAUGUGAUGGUGCUGUUAAACAGUCCAGCCGCAGCUCAGAGGAUCGAAACAGACACAGACCUACUGACCCAACGCUGGGACAACCUGGUCCAAAAACUAGAGGACUGCUCCAGCCAAGUAACCGAAGCGGUGUCUGGGAUACCCCAGGUACCGGAGAAGGUUGUCAUGGAGACAGUCACAACAGUAACAACACGGAUGGAGCAAACCUUCACCAGCAGCGAUCGAGAGCUACCGCCACCUGCCCCACCUAAAAGACGACAUCUGGAUACAGACGGCGAGCUCAGGAUACUAGCUGAAACUGAUGUUCCCAAGCUUUUGUCACGGCUGGCUGCAUGGAAGUCAUCUGCCCGAGCUGCUGGAGACACGCCUGGUCUGAAGGAAAAACUACAGACCCUGCGGGUGGAGCUUGCUGAAAACGAGGGGACAGUGAAAGAGGUAGUGCAGAAAGGAGAGAAGAUGAUUGAGAAAGAAGGUAUGUCUUCAGAGGAGGCCCGUUCUGCUCUGGACUCUGUGUGUAAAGAAUGGGAGAGCUGCCAGAACCUGAUCCAGGAUCUGAGGAACCAAGCUCAAGUUCUAGAGCAGGUGGCGGCCGUUCAGUCAAGACUGAAGGCUCUAGAUGGAGUUCUGCAGGAACAGGAGAAGUGGCUGAUCUCCACAGAAGGCUUUAGAGCAGAAAACAACCAGCAGGAACUCCAGACACUCAAAGACGAUUGUGAGACUCGGAUAGCAGAUCUGGAAAAGCUUCAGCCACAGGUGGAAGAUCUCUGUUCUCAGACGGAGCAUCUGGCCGCAGAACCUGGAGCCCCUGAUACCAUGAGGCCCAGUGUGGUGGCGCUGGCAUCACGCCACAGCACAACUAUCCAAGAGCUCAAGACGCGGCAGCAGGACAUCACUACAGUUUUGUCCAGGCUGGCGGGGUCCAGAGCGCUGCAUCAGAUGGAGUCCAGACUGAACACAGUCAGCGCUGAUAUCAGAGACAUCACAACAGCUGAGCAGGGAGUCAUCAGAGCUCAGGCUCUUUGUGCUGAGAUGGAGCAGGAGGCAUCGGAGGCAGCAGAGCAGCAGGGCUGGACUGAACUCUCCACAGCCGCCCAGGAUCAGCUCAGCAUGCUGCAGUGCAUUCUGGGUAGCAUGAAGGACACAAAGGUGAAGAGUGAGGAGGUGGAGCGCUGGCUGGAUGCUGCUGACGAGCUGCUGUCUCGAGACGCCAGCGGCUUCAGCCACGCUGACAAACUACAGGAAGAAGUCAACCAGUGCAAGGAGCUGGUGAGUGAGAUGCAGAGCGUGGACUCGUCUCUGAAGCAGAUGAGGGAGAACGUGACUGCCGUGCAGCAGAGCUCAGUACUGGGUCUGAUCAGCUGGGGGCAGACGGAGCUGGACGACAGUCAGAGACGCUGGGACACGCUCAGUAAAGAGUUGUUGAGGCGUGAGGAGCGUGUGAGUGACGGUCAGGAGAAAGUGAUGAAUCUGAAGAAAGAUGUGGCGGAGAUGCGGGAGUGGAUGAUUCAAGUGGACGAGGAGUUUCUCAUGAGAGACUUUGAGUACAAGAGCCCAGAGGAGCUGGAGGAGGCCCUGCAGGAGAUGAAGAGGGCUAAAGACGAUGUGUUGCAGAAGGAAGUGCGUGUGAAGAUUUUAAAGGACAGCAUUAAUGUGCUGUUUGGAAAGAUGCCCCCUGGUGGUCCUGACCUGAGCCCUGAGCUCACUGAAGUUCUGCACAACUACCAGAAGCUCUGUGAUCGCUUCAAGAGCAAGUGCCACACGCUUGAGGAGGUGUGGUCCUGCUGGAUCGAGCUGCUGCAGUAUUUGAACGUGGAGUCUGGCUGGUUGAAGACACUGGAGGAGAAAGUUCAAGCCACUGAAAACAUCCCAGAAAACACAGAGUCUAUCAGCGAGGCUCUGGAGUCUCUGGAGCCGGUUAUGCGUCAUCCGGGUGAUAACAGGACUCAGAUCCGAGAGCUGGCCCAGACUCUCAUAGACGGAGGCAUUCUGGAUGAACUCAUCAGCGAGAAACUGGAGAGCUUCAACUCGCGCUACGAAGAACUGACUCAGCUGGCUGCUGCACGUCAGAUGUCUCUGGAGCAGAAGUUGGGGACUCUGAGAGAGAACGAGACGGCGUUACACACACUACAGACGUCCCUCACGCAGCUGGACCAGACGCUCACCUCGUACCUCACCGACCGCAUCGACGCCUUCCAGCUGCCUCAGGAAGCUCAGGCCAUUCAGGCCGAGAUCGCGGCCCAUGAGGCCACACUGGAGGAUCUGAGGAGGAGGAAUGUAGGUAACGUGCCUCCAACUGUCCCAGAGGGCAAACCAGUGCGAGGAGGAACCCUACUGGACCAGUUACAGCGGAAACUCCGUGAGAUUAGUACAAAAUUCCAGCUGUUCCAGAAACCAGCCAACUUUGAGCAGCGAAUGCUGGACUGCAAGAGGAUUCUGGAAAACGCUAAAGCUGAACUUCCCGUCCUGGACCUGAAAGACACACAACCAGAGGAGAUCCAGACCCACCUGAACGGAUGCAUGAAACUGUAUAAGAUCUUGAGCGAGGUGAAACUGGAGGUGGAGACGGUGAUUAAAACGGGAAGACAGAUCGUACAAAAACAGCAGACAGAAAAUCCUAAAGGAAUGGACGAACAACUCACCACGCUCAAAUUACUCUACAAUGAGCUGGGAGCUCAGGUGACUGAGGGGAAACAGGAUUUGGAGAAGGCUUUGUCUCUGUCUCAGCGGCUGCAGAAGGACAGCGCCGCCCUGCAGGCCUGGAUGAGCAACACUGAGACUCCGCUUAAAGAGAAGCUCAGCACAGGAGACAUGCCUGCCGAUAUCGAGACGGAGAUCACAUGGGCCAACGGCUUGUUGAAGGAGUCUGCGCUCAAGAAGAGCGAUCUGUCUGUGGUGAUGGAGAACAGCGCCGCCCUGCAGGCCUUAGUGGAGGGCAGCGAGGCUCAGCUGGAGGAUCAGCUGUUUGAGCUCAAUGAGGACUGGGAGCGCAUGCACACGCUGAUAGAGGACUGGCUCAGUGCUGUUCUGAAUCACAGGCGUGAAGUGGAGAUGUUUGAUGAGAAUUUGGCUCAUAUCAGCACAUGGCUCUAUCAGACGGAGAUACGACUGGAUGAGAUGGAGAAGAUGCCUGCAGCUGAGAAAGAGAGAAUGAUGAUGGCUGUGCUGUGUGAGUUGGAGGGAAUGAGUGUGCGUGUGGACAGCGCUCGUGAUCAGGCAGUAAUCUUGAUGACCAGCAGGGGGCCUGUGUGCAGAGAGCUGGUGGAGCCCAAACUGGCCGACCUCAACCGCAGCUUCCACAAGGUGGCGCAGCACAUCAGCUCUGCUCAGGUGUCUGCUGGUCUGAAGGUCAGACAGGAGGCAGUGCGGCCGCAGCAGGAGGUGGCAGACGGGAGGUCUGCUCCUCUCCUCGCCUCCUCACAGCUACAGCUGUUCGAAUCAGACCUACACGCUACUAUCAGAGCACUGGAGCAACAGGAGAAAACACACACACCUGAUGAUGAGAGGUUGGAUGAGGAGAAAGCUCAUGUUGAGGAGGUGCUGAGGAGAGGAGAGGAGGUGCUGCGGUCUGUUCCUGACGAGGACAGAAGAGAGGACAUCCGCAGGAGACUGCUGCUGCUCCAGACAUGCUACAAGGAGCUUCAUAGCAUCAGAACUCAGCCAGUUGUGCUCGAAUCAUCUUCUCCUCCUCGGCAGAGAUCAGAGUCAUCCCUCUCUCCCCAGGAUGAGAGGAGCGCAUCUGUCUCCCCGUCUGACUAUCUGCUGGACAUUAAUAAGGUUCUGCUGGCCAUGGCCGACAACGAGCUGCUCCUGAACUCCUCAGAGCUCAGCGGAGGACUGUUUGAGGAUUUCUCCAGCCAGGAGGACACGCUCCGGAAUAUAAAGGAGAGUUUGGAGCGGUUGGGUGAACAGGUUGAAGUGAUCAAUGAGCGCCAGCCUGAUGUGAUUCUGGAAGCUUCCAGACAGGAGAUGGCACAGAUAUCUGAUGCCCUGACACAGCUGAACUCAGAGUGGGACAGAGUCAACCGCACGUACAGCCAGAGGAAAGGGUGUUUCGAUGGAGCUGUGGAGGAGUGGAGGCAGUUUCACUGUGACAUGAACGAUCUCUCGCAGUGGCUGAGCCACACUGAACAGGUCCUGGCUGACGGGAUUGGAUCAGACGGAGAACUGGACCUGGACUGCGCUCGUACACAGCAACAGGAUCUGGAGGAGGGUCUGGCCUCUCAUCAGUCUGUGGUGGCGGUUCUGAGCCGGUCUGGAGAGCACAUCAUCGGUCAGGUGUCAUCUCCCGACGCCGCUCUGCUGCAGGAGAAGCUGGACGCUCUGAGACGCCGCUGGACAUGCGUGCAGAGACAAGUGUGUGAGCGCCAGUGCAGGUUGAUGGGUGAGGAUCCGGCUGUGAUGGAUGUCGUUCAGAGGACCGCUGAUCUGGCUCAGUGGCUGCAGCACACAGAGGUUGCCGUGGCGACACUAUCGGUUUCAGCCACCGACAAGAGCCUCAGAGAGCUCAAGGCCUUGACGGAGGAGAUGGAUGCUCAGAAUGAGACGCUGUCAUGGCUGAAUAAAACUGGCUCUCAGAUCUUGUCAAAAAGUCCUCAGGACAGAGACACUCAUGUGAACAAAAUAAGGCAGAUAAACCUCAGCUGGAGUAAAGUGAGCCGCGAGCUGCUGGAUAAGGUGCGUGAGGUGGAGGGUCGUCUGCAGACACACACACCGCUGCAGGACGAGAGGAGGCUGGCGUCUUACAGCCAGUUCCAGGAGCGCAUGAGCAGACUGGGCGACUGGGUUUACAUCAGCAGCCAGUCUCUGAGUGACGUCACACCCGCGGAGAGACAGGUUCUGGAAAUGUCCAUGCGAGAGCAGAAGCGGGAGCUGGAGGAGCUGUUGUCUUACUCUAUUGAGCUCCAGAGGAAACAGCUGCUUUUACCACAGGAAAAGAGUAAAAUCGAACAGCUGGCUGCAGAUUGGAAAGCUCUGGAUGCCAGACUGAAGGAGACGCCACAACAGCCUCUGUCUCCAUGGACACAACAAGUGGCUCAGCAGCAGUUCACAGGGAGCGUGCCGUCUGCGGUGCACAUGGUCAGUCUGAUGAGCGAGGAGCGGCGUCCCAGCCCAGAGCUGGUGGGCCCCAGCGACCUCCACCAGACGGCCACAGAGCUGGCGGACUGGCUGCUCCUCAUCCACCAGAUGCUCAAAUCCAACAUCGUCACAGUGGGAGACAAAGAGGAGAUCCACACCACCAUCGGCCGCCUGCAGGUGACUAAAGGUGAUCUAGAGCAGAGACAUCCACAGCUGGAAGAUAUCAUCACUCUGGCACAAAACAUCAAGAACAAAACCUCCAACCUCGACGUGCGCACCUCCAUCUCAGAGAAACUGGAGAAGGUCCGCAGCCAAUGGGACGGCACACAGCACGGCGUGGAGGCGCGGCUUCUGCAGCUGGAAUGCAUGAUCGGCCACAGCGAUCAAUGGGAGGAGCAGAGGCACCAGGUGAAGGCUCUGAUUGGACAACACGAGAUGCAUCUGCAUAGCCUGCUGCAGCUGAGCCGAGGGCCGCUCACUAAACAGAUCAGUGACAACAAGGCGUUCCUGCAGGAGCUCAGUCGAGGACAGGAGAGCGUGACGUCCUUUAAUGAACUGUCCAAUCAGCUUCUGCAGGAAUAUGCCACUGACGACACACGCAAGGUCAAAGAGGUCAUGGACAAACUCAACACGAUGUGGAACAGCAUCAAUAACAGGGCGUCGGACCGUCAGGCUGUGUUGGAUUCAGAGCUGAAGUCUCUCCAGGCGUGUCUCCGUGAGCUCGAAUCCUUCCUGAAGUGGCUCCAUGAGGCGGAGACUACAGUCAACGUGUUAUCUGACGCCGCCCAGAGGGAGGCGCUCUCACAGGACUCCGCCCACAUCAAAGAGCUCAAAGGGCAGCUUGGGGACAUCCAGGCGGAGAUCGAGGUUCAUAAUGAUGUCUAGGGGAGCUCAGAGGAAGCAGUUUUCCUCCAACAGAGACUGGAUGAAAUGAACCAGCGCUGGAACGACCUGAAGGCCAAAUCAGCCAAUAUACGGGCUCAUCUGGAGGCCAGUGCUGAGCGCUGGAACCUUCUUCUGUCAGUCCUGGAGGAACUGAGCUGCUGGAUCAGUGUGAAGGAUGAGGAACUGAACAAACAGAUGCCCAUCGGAGGAGACGUGCCCACAGUGCUGCAGCAGCAGACCCACUGCACGGCUCUGAGGGCGGAGCUUAAGGAGCGUGAGCAUUUAGUUCUCAGCACAUUGGAUCAGGCACGCAUGUUUCUGGCCGACCAGCCGAUCGAAGGACCCGAAGAGCCACGCAAAAACCUGCAACCCAAAACCGAGCUGAGCCCAGAGGAGAAGGCCCAGCGGGUGGCUAAAGCGAUCCGUAAGCAGACUGCAGAGGUGGGCGAGCGCUGGGAGAGGCUCAUGGGACACGCGGGCACCUGGCAAGAGCAGGUGGACAGAGCACUAGAUAAACUCCAGUAUCUCCAGAGCUCCAUGGACCAACUGGACCUGCGUCUAGCCCAGGCCGAGGAGCUCAAAGCUGGAUGGCAACCCGUGGGAGACCUUCUCAUAGAUUCCCUACAGGAUCACAUAGAGAAAACAACGGCGUUCCGGGAUGAGAUUGCACCUCUGAAACAGGAUGUCCGGGCUGUGAAUGAUCUGGCAGGUCAGCUGACCCCACUGGAUGUCCAGCUGUCCUCCACCACCAACCGCCAGUUAGACAACCUCAACAUGCGCUGGAAACUACUGCAGGCGGCUAUAGAGGACAGGUCAAAGCUCUUACGGGAAGCACACAGGGAUUUUGGACCCUCCUCUCAACACUUCUUAUCCACUUCGGUGCAGUUGCCCUGGCAGAGAGCAGUGUCCCAGAAUAAAGUGCCCUACUACAUCAAGUAAGUGCUCCCUCAGACAUAGCCACACAUCUGUUUCCAUGUGGACUGAUCUCUUUAAGGGCGCUUUCACUUUAGAGCUUGUUGGAGCAGAACUGAGGCGUUUUGACACCAGCGUUCGUCUCGUUCGGCUGGUGUGAAAUCCGUUUUCUGGAUUUAGAAACACAAAAGCGAACCACACCAGAAUUUGGCUGAAGUGGUGACUGAGCUGAUGUACGGCU